AAACCGAAAUUACAUACAUGCGAUUAUAUACCACCCACAAUGCGUUACGGAAUUAACUUCAUUAAUUUUUUGAAGAUAUUGUCAUUGUACUGUUAUUGUACUACUUUCCUCCCUGAACGGUUCAAUUAUUCAUAAAUUUUCUUCUUGGUGUUGAACAAUUGAAUUAUAAUUUCUAGUGUUGAAUUACGAUAUUAGAUCAUAAAACUAAUUGUGAAUGAUUGUAAAGUGCUCUCUAGGUGAUUGUUCAAUCUGAAAGAAUGCAUGGUUCGACUGUAGAGGUACUCGAGGAUUUUCUUGGAUCUUGUUGGUCCUUGAAGACAAAAGAAGUGGACACAGAGAACGAAGUGCUUGCGAUUUAGGCUAUUUACUUGUGAAAUUGUAUCUGUAUGAAUCACAGUCUUGAAACGACUUUUGAAAAUUUGGACAAUGGCACUGGUAAUGACGAUGAGAACGAAGAUCGACGAGGAUAACGCAUAAGAACAUGAAGAGAGGAAGGAGAUAGUGAAAUUGUAUGAAACUACAAAGAUUUCAAUUUUAUAAUAGGCUUCUAAAAAAAUCCAAUACUCCAAAUAAUAAAGAAUUCAGUUUCAAUCCUAAAAAUCCAAAUAAUAAUAAAAAUUCUAAUUUCGGUCCCUUAUAACUUGAAGAAAUAUCGAUAACAAUAUAAGAAAGUGCACGAACAUCAAAUGUUUUGAUCAUUCCAUCUUCUAAUGGAGCCAAACAGCUACCAAAACCACCCCUGCUCCUUGUCGAAGAUCUACAACUGCGAUCUACGCAGAAGUUACGAAUUUUGGAGCACAGAAGAAACAUUUCCAACCAUGUGUCCUCUACCAAGCUGCUAUAACUUAGUCCCGGAUGUGUUGACCACGAGGAGCGUGCCUCUUUCGUGGGACCUUCCUCUACUAAGAUACAAACCACAGCCACGCUAUGAGAAACCACCAUACUCAUACAUCGCUUUAAUAGCCAUGGCAAUCAAUUCUUCGCCUAAACAAAGACUCACCCUUUCAGGGAUCUACAGAUUCAUUAUGGAUAGGUUUCCUUAUUACAGAGAAAAUCGUCAAGGAUGGCAGAACAGUAUAAGGCACAAUCUGAGUUUAAACGAUUGCUUUGUGAAGAUACCAAGGGAUAAAGUGAUUGGAAACGAUAAUGGGGAAGAUCAAGCUGGUAAAGGAAGCUACUGGACUUUAGAUCCUUCUGCAAGUGAGAUGUUCGAGCAUGGUAAUUAUAGAAGAAGAAGGAUGAGGAGGCAACGAGGAUUGACGCAGGAUAAACAGGAACAGCAUCACACGGUGGUCUCGGUUUCGCCGGAAAUCAUAUCCAAUUUGACACACAAGGAAAAAGAUGAACAGAGAUGUGAAACAAUUGAGAAAAAUGCUGAACAAGCUCAAGGACAUUGUGUAAAGUCGAUGAUGUUUACGAUCGAGAAUAUCUUGCGAAAAUCCACAAACGAAUCUCCUAUUUAAAUGUGUAGGAACUAUGCAUUUUUAAUAUAAAAAUAAUUAAUUGUAAAAUAAAUAAAUAAUUGAUUUGAUAUUGUUAUUGUAUACUUAUUCGAUAUACUGAAUUAAGGUUAUCGAAAAUUCUUGAAUACAAUAUAAAAUAAAUGCUGUUUAUUACAAAAAUGUGCUUAUUUUUCUAAUUAUAUAUCGCAUGUUGCGUAUAAAGAUUAAAAGUAUUAUUUAACGAUUAAUCUAAAAUAUGGUACAUUAUAUACAAAAUUAUAGUGUGUGUACAAGGAAGACUUGUUGUAUACAAGAAUUGUGCUAUCUUUCAGCAAUUAAAUGUUUUUUUAAGUUGAAUAAUUUUUUAACUUCUAGAAUGUAGUUUUUAAAGCAUAACAGCAAACGAGUAAUAACAAAUCUAUGACGACUCUUUUACAAAAUAUAUGGUAUAUGGAGAUUAUACCUAAUGAAAUUAAAUAAUAUUUAGUAUUCACAUGUGUAUAGUACAUAUCAAUAAACUAAAAAGAGCUAUUUUUUUUUGUAUCUUAAGUAGUAGAAAGCUCAUCUAUGUCUGACCCAAGAAUAUAUAUUAUAUUAGAAUUUCUUAUAAUGUAGUAAACCUACUUUAAAUAUUAUUGUCUCAUGGAGACAUAGAAUGUAUUUUAAAAAUGCAUUAACUUCUAUCAUAUCUUUAUCUUGAUAAUUUCAGCUUCUCCCUUAUCAACUUCUUAUCAUCAAUAAACAAUGAUUUCAGGCAUUUGAAUUUUUUCUCAUUAGUUCUAAA